GACGUGGUGCCCUCCCGAGUGAAGGAGCUGCUGAGAAAAUCGUCCAAAGAUCGGACAGAGGAGGAGGCAGAGACGAUCGUGCGCACGAUGCAGAAGAUGCCCGACUUCGCGCUUUUCCCGUUCGAGAUCCAAAAACAGCUGUGCCAGGUGGCCUGGUACGACAGUUUCGGGACGGGCCGUGUGAUAAUCCGGGAGGGUCAUGCCGCGGACGGCUUCUACUUCGUCCUGUCGGGAAGACUCGUGGAGAGCUACGCUGCUGAGGACGAGGCCAACACGGUCCUGCGGCAUGGGAUGAAGUUUGGGGAACGAGAGCUGCUGACGCGAACCAAGCGGAGGUCAACAGUACUGACCCAGGAAAGGACAGAGCUGUUCUGUGUGCAUGCGCAGGAUUACGAUAGAAUAUUCAACCUACAAGAGGACAGGGAGACCGCAAAUUUAAACGUCUGUAGACAUAUAUCAAUAUUCAAGCUCUGGCCGUUCCAAAAGCUACUGGAACAUCCGGACGCCUGGACCAUGCAGAACUACCAACCAGGUUUCGUCAUCGUGCCUGACAGUAGAAGGUGCGACUGGAUCUACGUGGUUAAAACGGUACGUACUGUUAAUGG